GGGGCCCACUGGUCGAGAGUUCCCCAGAGCGACGACUGGACUCCACCGGUCGCCCAACGGCCGAAGACGACGCCGGUCGCGCCGCGCCCGCGGAUGGAGCCACCGGGCGACGACACCGUUUCGGGUUCUUUUCGGCUGUGAAGCUCCAGCCUAGCUGUGCAUCAUGGGUAAGAAUCAGCACAGUAAGGACAUGCUGCACCUGAGGCCCACCGAGUGGGCCCAGGAUGGUCGCGGCUUCAAGGCGUCCAAAUGGACUCCCUUUUCCAAGCUGCCACUCAACUGCUGCUUCCUCUCGCUGCAGCCCUUUGACAAGCCUGUCGGCACACGAGACGGCUCCGUAUUUGAGAUCACUCACAUCUUGAAGUACAUCAAACGAUAUGGGGUGCACCCGGUGCAUGGUGGGAAGUUGGAAGUCAAGGAUCUCAUCCCCCUGCACUUCCACAAGAAUGCCCAGGGCAACUUCCACUGCCCGGUGACCUUCAAGGUCUUGGGGAACAACACCGCGGUGUGUGCCAACCUGGCGUCUGGGCAUGUCUACUGUUUGGAGGCAGUGAUGGAGCUCAACAAGAAGACCAAGAACUGGAAGGACUUGAUGACUUCUCAACCUUUCAAGUGGACCGACAUUGUCAUGCUGCAAAAUCCCGACCAGAUCGAGGGCCGCGAAGUGUCGAAGUUCCAUUUCAUGGUCUCUGGCCAACAGGAUGAAGUGGUGCGCGAAAUCACGAAUCCAGAGAGCAAGGUGAGCGACAAGAAAGAUGAGAGUCUCCGACCCAAUGCGGCCGUGGACCGGAUCUUCGCCGAGAAGGAGCGCCUCGCCGAGAAGAAGGCGCAGGAGGCUGCGGACCAGGCGGCGGCCAACCCCGAAGAGGCCAAGGCGCAGGAAGAGGCGGCCAAGACUGCGGAGGAGCAGAAACAAAAACUGAAGGAGGCACAGGCGAAGCGGAAGACCAAUGAACGCUAUACCUCCAAUGAGGUCGGCGCCUCCUUCACGUCCACCGCGGUGCCUCUCAAGUCGAAGAAUGAGCUGCGGAAGCUCACCGAGGAGGAAGAGUUGCAGGAUCUCUAUGAUCAGGUUCGAAAGAAGAAGCAGAAGGGCUAUGUGCGAGUCGUAACGUCUUGUGGCUGCCUCAAUUUGGAGAUCCAUUGCAACAUUGCACCAAGAACCUCCGACAACUUCCUCCGGCUCUGUGAGCGCAACUACUACGACAACACGAUCUUCCACCGGCUAAUCCGAAACUUCAUGUUGCAGGGCGGAGACCCCACGGGCACUGGCCGCGGUGGAGAGAGUGGCUUCGAAGGUGGGAAGCCCUUCAAAGAUGAGUUCGACAGCCGGUUGCUUCACCAGGGUCCUGGCGUCGUCAGCAUGGCAAACAGCGGGAAGAAUACCAACCGGAGUCAAUUCUUCAUCUCUUUGAAAUCUUGUGAGCACCUCAACAACAAGCACUCGGUGUUUGGCCGAGUGGUUGGGGGCCUCCAGAUCUUGGAGGUUCUCAACAACUGGGAGACCGAUGCCAAAGACAAACCCGUGACGGAGAUUAAGCUCAUCCGCACAGAGGUUUUCAAGAAUCCCUUUAAAGAGAUCACGGAGGAGAUGGCGAAACCCAAGGUGGAGAAGGUGGUGGACCCUGUAGCUACCUGGUUUAGCAAUCGCCGGGAUCCCAUGCAAGAGCACAAGAACCGGAACUCCACACAGGUUGGGAAGUAUCUGCCGGAUGAACUGCCGGCCCUUCCAGGGCAGUCCAAACGCCCCGAGGCCAUGCCGGAGGAAGAGGUUGAAUACGCGAACAUCACCCAGAAGUCGAAGCGUGCCAGAACAGACUUCGACUUCUCCUCCUGGUGAGGGACAGGUCGCCCGAAGCAACCUCCCGACCGAGAGGAGGCCGUCGCCGCCACCCGGGAAAUGUGUGAGUGACUCCGUGUCUCCGUCGACAUGUGAUUUGGGGACGCAAAAAUGAGCUACUACAGGACGGAGAAGAAUGCACAGCACUGCAGAAAGUUCUGAAUUCAGCCAUUCUGCUGUGGGUCAGUUCACUUCUAGAGUCUAGAGUGCUUGAGAGGCCAGGAAAGGGAGCUAGAGCUAUUGAGAUCCAGUUUUUGGCUUAUUGCCGGCAAAAGCAAGAUGUAUAUAAGUGGGAUGCAAGAAGGACGUCCUCUGGCCAACUUGUGAUUCUCCUUGACACUACUUGGCACUGAAAAGCUGAUCAGAAUAAUUUUCCUUUGAGCCACCAUCUUUCGGUGUUGCGGUUUCGCACAUUUGAAGGUCCCAAGCCUGGUCAUGGUCUGAAG